AUGGAGACCCUGAGAGAGUACCAACGAGCUGAAGUAGAUGUGCCUGUACCAGUUGAGAAUGAGUUGGUUGUGCCUGUAUCAGCGUCAGCAGUUGUGGAUGAGUUGGUUGUGCCUGUAUCGGCGUCAGCAGUUGUGGAUGAGUUGGUUGUGCCUGUAUCGGCGUCAGCAUUUGUGGAUGAGUUGGUUGUGCCUGUAUCGGCGUCAGCAGUUGUGGAUGAGUUGGUUGUGCCUGUAUCGGCGUCAGCAGUUGUGGAUGAGUUGGUUGUGCCUGUAUCGGCGUCAGCAGUUGUGGAUGAGUUGGUUGUGCCUGUAUCGGCGUCAGCAGUUGUGGAUGAGUUGGUUGUGCCUGUAUCGGCGUCAGCAUUUGUGGAUGAGUUGGUUGUGCCUGUAUCGGCGUCAGCAGUUGUGGAUGAGUUGGUUGUGCCUGUAUCGGCGUCAGCAGUUGUGGAUGAGUUGGUUGUGCCUGUGUCGGCGUCAGCAGUUGAGGAUGAGUUGGUUGCAGAUUCAUCACCACCAUCAACAACGCUGAAGAACCGUGGAACACAGUGUAAAUGGAACCUACACCGCUCAAAAGGUAUCCAGGCAUGUCCUCGAAUGGUUUGUGUUGGAACACACAGAUUAUACCCUACAUCGCCAUGCCAAGAUCUGUUAUGGAACCCUCAAGAGGAAAUAAUAGAGGAUGUGCUAUGUGAUGAAGAUUACAAAAGUCACUACAUGUACCAGUAUACUCCCCCCAUCAGCUGCACUGUGAGCAGAAGGGGAGUGCAAAUAUGAAGCAGGAGGACCCAGAGCCCACACCGUUUAGAGAGGAACAGGUCUCUGAAACCUCAGUGUUCUUAUUCACGCCUUCUAGCCUUCUAGCGUGAAUCUGAUAAUGAUCAGGACCCAUCUUAUGCUUCACAUCUUUACCAAACCCAAAGUGAAGAAAACCCAGAGAGUGACGUCUACCCAACAACACAAGUGCAGAGAUCAAAACAGAAGUUGAUGGAGAGGACUACAGAGUAUAGGAACCAACCGGUGACUCUCAGCAGUAAACCCAAACUGUUCUGCAGUAAAGAGUGAAAACGGGGAUUGUGUUGAUGGGGAGGCAAGUGAAGGACUUAUCUCAAAACUAAAGCCACUCGAAUCAACUCGGGCAAAGAAAGAACAAAGCUUCUAAAUGUCUACCAAUGGCAGGAAAACCAGUGAGCUGACAGUGCCAUUAGGAUCUAACACACGGGAGUGACCCUUCGUGUUAUGUUUGCCAAAAAGGCUUUUGGACAGCAUACACUUUACAAGCAAAUGGAAUUAUUCACACAGAGGAGAAAUCGUUUCAAUGCGAAGACUGUGGGAAAUGUUUCAGCAGUAAGGGAAAACUGAAGAAACAUGUGAAGAUUCACACUGGGGAGGUGAGAUACAAAUCGGAGAAAAAAAUAUACCUGUCCUGUAUGCAGAAAAGGCAUAAGCACAGCAUUCGGGUUUAAAAAUACAUCAGAGAAUUCACACAAGGGACAAAUCAUUUCAGUGCCUGUUGUGUGGAAAUGUUACCCAUCAGCAAAUGAUCUUUUAAAAAACACCAGCGCACUCGAACAUUGAGAGAAGACAUUUCGGUGCAAUGAUUGCAGCAAGCACGACUGCUGCAAAAGCGCCCUGAACAUGCAUUUAAGGAUACACACGGGACAAAAAUGUUAUUGCGCAGAAUGUGGCAAAUAAAGUGCAUUCAAAAAGUAUUCAGACCCUUUGACUUUUUCCACAUUUUGUUACGUUUCAGCCUUAUUCUAAAAAUGUAUUGUUUUUUUUCUUCAUCAAUCUACACACAAUAACCCAUAAUGACAAAGCAAUAACACUUUUACGGAAGUAUUCAGGCCCUUUACUCAGAACAUUGUUGAAGCACCUUUGGCAACGAUUACAGCCUCGAUUCUUCUUUGGUGAAUCUUUCCCCAAUCUGAGGUCCUGAAUGCUCUGGAGUAGAUUUUCAUCAAGGAUCUCUCUACUUUGCUCGGUUCAUCUUCCCUCGAUCCUGACCAGUCCCUGCCACUAAAAAACAUCCCCAAAGCAUAAUGCUGCCUCCACCAUGCUUCACCGUAGGGAUGGUGCCAGGUUUCCUCCAGAUCAUCAGGUUCUUGGUCACCUUCCUGGCCAAUGCCCUUUUCUCCAAUUGCUCACUUUGGCCAGGUGGCCAGCUCUAGGAAGAGUCUUGGUGGUUCCAAACUUCUUCCAUUUAGGAAUGAUGAAGGCCACUGUGUUCUUGGAGACCUUCAGUGUUGCAGACAUUUUUUGGUACCAUUCCCCAGAUCUGUACCUCGAAACAAUCCUGUCUUUGAGCUCUACGGACAUUACCUUCGACCUCAUGGCUUGGUUUUUGCUCUGACAUGCACUGUCAACUGUGGGACCUUAUAUAGACAGGUCUGUCACUUUCCAAAUAAUGUCCAAUCAAUUAAAUUUACCACAGGUGGACUCCAAUCAAUAUGUAGAAACAUCUCAAGGAUGAUCAAUGGAAACAGGAUGCACCUGAGCUUAAUUUCGGGUCUCAUAGGUCUGAAUACUUAUGUAAAUAAGGUAUUUCUGUUUUUAUAAAUGUGCAAACAUUUAUAAACUUGUUUUUCACUUUGUCAUUAUGGAGUUUUAUGUGUAGAAUAUUGAGUAUUUAUUUUUAUUAAAUCUAUUUUAGAAUAAGGAGUAACGUAACAAAAUGUAGAAAAAGUCAAGGGGUCUGAAUACUUUCUGAAUGCACUGUACUUUGGUAGGAAGGCAAGGCUCAUAGACCAUUUGACAAUUCACACAGGGUAGAAAUCACACGCGUACAAUAUGUGGCCCAUGCUUUAAUGUAAAGUCAGCACUUAGAAAUAAUGUGAGGGUGCACACAGGAGAAAUCACAUAAAUGCACUUGGUGUGAAAAAUGAUUUAAAACAGCACCUGCUCUAAAACAACACAGACAAACCACACUUGUGACUUUUGUGUGAAAAGCACUUUAGAAUGACCAGUGAUCUCAAAUGCCACCAGAGGCGAACUCAUUGAGAGAAACAAUUUCCAUGCCCUGGAUGUGGAAAGUGCUCAUGACCUCGACUAAACUUAGCGGUCAUCAGGUAAUUCACACUGGAGAAGAACUGUGGCAAAUGCUUUAGUCAACAGGAGCACCUGGCAGGGCAAGGACUCAUACAGUAAAGAAAAAUACUAUUUAAAGAUCCUGUGCAAUAGAAAUCUUAAUAAUAUAACAACAAAUCAUUGCCUCAGUUUUUAUUGGUCUAUAACAACAUUAAUGGUAUUACUUUACAAUGUGUCCCUAUGACACAUGCAUUUAGAUGGUAGUAACAGUUGCGGUCAAAUAUAUUGGCACCUUUGCAUGAUUCACUAUUUCUUCUAAAAUAAAUUGAAAUUUAAAGAACGUUUGGUGUUCACACUUGUAUUUGCUUGAUUGACAACUUCACAGGACCAAGAAAAAUGUAUUGGGUUGGCAGAAAGUGAUUCUUGUCAACUGUGUAACUUAUCUAACCUGUGGUAAAUUGCAGAUGGCUACGGGGUAAAAAAAAAAUAGCCAUUCAAUCUGUUCUGUUACACUUGGUUUGAUUUACAACUCUGUACAUGCAAAUGAAGCAAAUAUUUCCUUAACUUACCUCAUUUGCACUCACUUUUUGUUUUCUUUUGUUCUACUGUAUUAUUGACUGUAUGUUUUGUUUAUUCCAUUUGUAACUCUGUGUUGUUGUGUCGAAUUGCUAAGCUUUAUCUUGGCCAGGUCACAGUUGUAAAUGAGAACUUGUUCUCAACUAGCCUACCUGGUUAAAUAAAGGUGAAAUAAAUUAAAUAAAAAUAUAUCACACAGUA